AUGGCGAUCAUUGUAAAGCAUGCUCUGGACAAUGGUCUGAGCCCACAUGUUCUGGUCGCACUUCGUAUGGUCGUUGCUGCAAUUCUCGUUUCUCCUUUUGCUAUUGUCAUGGAAAGGCUUGAAAUUGUGAAACUUAGGAAGCUACAUGGCCAGGCAAAGAUAGUGGGAACCCUAGUGGCUGUUGGGGGAGGAAUUAUAAUGACAUUUGUAAAGGGAACUCUCCUGGAUUUGCCAUGGACGAAUGGAAGAACCAUAAUUUUCAAGAAAUCGGCAACUGAUGUAGAACAUACAGAUCUAAUGAAGGGUGGCGGACUAAUCGUAGUUGGUUUGUUUUGCUGGUCUUGUUUCAUCAUUUUGCAAGCACAUAUAUUAAGAUCCUACCCUUCAGUGCUCAGUCUCGCAGCUUUGGUUUGCAUUUUAGGCUCCAUCGAAGGCAUCAUACUGGCCUUCCUAGUUGAAAGAGGAAACACGAAAAUCUGGUCAAUCUUCAAUCCAGAUGCUAAACUUUUAGCCGUAAUUUAUGGUGGAAUGAUGUCCUGCUCAACCUAUCUCAUACUGGGCUGGUUAAUGAAGAAAAGAGGACCAGUUUUUGUCACGUCUUUUAAUCCUCUGGGCAUGGUUCUCGUCACAAUUUUCAGCUCAUUUUUUCUAGCUGAGAGACUCUUCCUAGGAAGGGUUCUUGGAGCAGCUGUGAUUAUCAUUGGACUGUGCAUGGUGUUAUGGGGUAAAAGCAAAGACCAACGUCAUUCAAAUUCACAAAACAUUCAAGACAACGACGCCGUGGCCGCUGCUGCACAAAACGGUCUACAAACGGCUGUAAUCAAUGGUGAUAUAGAGAGUCCAUGCCAGUCUAAUGUGACUGUUGAUGAGGGAACCCGUGCCUCAUGUAUGACGUAG